GGCGGCUCCCUCUCGGCGAGUUUUUCCAAUCGGGAGGCGCGCGGACAUUGGUUCUCAGCCUUGAACAAGCCCUUUGCCAUGCCCCCCCGCUUUGCCUUUCCCGUCGCCUGGAACAUCAUUUACUCGUGCAUGGGCGUGUCCACUGUACUCCUCUACCAGGCCAUGGAGGGCCAGAUGCGGGCCCAUCCUCGCCCGUGGAUCCUCUACGCUGCCUUGCUAGGCCUGAACUUUGAUUGGAGCACUACCUUUUUCAUUCGCCACCGACUCGGCCUCAGCGUAGCCAGUAUCGUUCUCCAACUCGGCCUAUCCACCGCCUGUAUCUACGAGUUUGCCAAGUUCAACACAACCUCGGCCCAACUGCUUGCCCCCCUCCAACUCUGGCUCGUCGUAGCUGGUGUCCUGUCUUUUGAUCUAUGGCGCAAGAACCCCAAGUUUGAUGGCGCCGUCUCUUCCGACGCCUGUUGA